AAUGACGCAACCAGACGCACUUAUUCAAGGAGACUCCUUGCUGUUCGCAAGGCCGCCCCUGCGCUCCGUAGCGCAGUAGUCCCAGCGGUUUUAAAGCGAACUGGAUACCGCGCAGGCUUACGUAAACGCAGCCCAAACCAAGCCGAGCCUCGGGUAUUUAGGGCAUAGUGGAAAGGGCGAAACUCGCUACGUUUAUGGCGUACUUCCAGCUCGCGUUUUGACGCUGCGGAGGUCUUACAGCAGCGGAAGAGUGGGACGGGAAUAACGGUAAAAAGGGAGUGAAAAACAGCUGCCACUCUCCGGAGAGCUGUCGCGGUCUGAGCCGUUGGCAUUGGCACUGGGACUCUGCCACGUUACAGAUAAUAUUACACCAGAAUAGCAUAAGAAAAAAAAUAUAUAUACAACAAUUGUUACCGCUGGGCUGAGCUCAGUUAACCAGCUAAUCUGUCAGGUAGCCCUUACUCUAAUUUCUGGUUUCACGCUGGAUGAAAGACAGAGAGCCACCGAGAUUAAACCCGGACCGGUCAUGGAGAGACCGACUCGGCGUGAAAAAUAUCGAUAAACUCCAAGACGACACCAUUAACGAUGGAGCAUGACAGUAUCUAGCUGGAUGGCAAUAUAGAUUAAUAGAGAUCGUGACGGCGCUGGAUGGUCUGGUCAUCGCACAGUCUGCGAAAGCCUUUAUUUUUUUAUGAUUUUUCCGGUUUGCAUUUGUUCGGCUGACGGCCGAAGGCGUGGCGUUUAUGAACAUUUUAUCCCCUGAAUAAUUUACUAGGCGGACGGGUGUUUCACAGCUUCAGAAGUCCGGUAGCGGGCGACAGGCUGUUUUAUCCCCCCCUCCACUAAUAAAAGCUUAGCUGGGGUGGAAUCGGGCAGGGACCGGUGCCCCUCUACGGGCAGACUCGGGAGAGGGACGGGGCUGGACAUCGGAGGAUGGGAGAGCGAACGGACUCGGAGCAGUGGGACACAAGAAGACACAGACGCUAUAAAGGUGGGGAUGAUGAUGAUGAUGAUGAUGGCCUACCACUGCAGUUUUUGAGGAAGGGCAGCCUAUUUGUGACAGGGCAGUGAUGCCGGGAAUGGUGAUGUUUCGCCGGCGCUGGUCAGUUGGGAGUGAUGACCUGGUGCUGCCGGCAUUCUUCCUUUUCCUACUCCACAGCGCCUGGUUGGUUGUGCUCUCCGUGGUGCUCUUCGGCCUGCCCUUCGGCUCUGGCCAAUCGUGCACAGUGACCCUGGUGGACCAUGGCCGGGGCUACCUGGGUAUUCUGGUUAGCUGCCUGAUCUGCGAGAGCGCCAUCAUGUGGCUGAGCAUGAGGGGCAGCAUCCUGUACACCCAGCCCAGAGACGCCGUGCAGUACGUCCUGUACAUCCGCCUGGCCAUACUGCUUGUGGAGCUGGUGUACGCUGUGGUGGGAAUCGCCUGGCUGGUCCAGUACUACCAACCCUGCUCUGACAUCACAGCGAAGAACCUGACUUUGGGGAUCGUGGUGUGUAACUGGCUAGUGAUAUUCAGCAUGUGCAUCACGCUCAUGUGCACCUUCGACCCCACGGGCCGGACGUUCGUCAAGCUGAAGGCAACGCGGAGGCGUCAGCGGAACCUCACCACGUACACGCUGAGACACCGGUUAGAGGAAGGGCAGGCCAGCAGCUGGAGCCGAAGACUCAAGUUCUUCAUGUGCUGCACGAGAGCACAGGACUCCCAGGCCGACGCAUACUCAGAAGUAGCCAGCCUGUUUGCUGAGUUCUUCAGGGACCUGGACAUUGUGCCAAGUGACAUCAUUGCUGGUCUGGUGCUGCUGAGGCAGAGACAGAGGGCCAAGCGAUCUGCCAUCUUGGAACAGGCCAACAAUGACAUUAUUGCCUUCCUAUCUGGAAUUCCAGUCACCCGGAGCACCAGAUAUCUGGACCUGAAGAACUCUGCUGAGAUGGCCAUGUACAGAGAUGUGUGCUACUACAUGCUGUUUGCCCUGGCAGCGUACGGCUGGCCCAUGUACCUGAUGAGGAAGCCUGCUUGCGGUCUGUGCCACCUAGCCAGCUCCUGUUCCUGCGUUCCAGUCUCAGGCUCCCGCAUGUACCAGUCCGUAACCGUGGAGGAAGACAACUGCUGUGGCUGUAACGUGCUGGCUAUCCGCAGACACUUCCUGGACCAGGACCUGAAGCAGGUCCACAUUGUCUACACGUCCUGCCAUGAUGCCGUGUACGAGACUCCGUUCUUUGUGGCAGUAGACCAUGAAAAGAAGAAGGUCGUCAUCAGUAUCCGGGGAACUCUGUCACCCAAGGAUGCCCUGACAGACCUGACGGGAGACUCAGAGCGCCUCCCUGUGGAGGAGCAGCAUGGCACCUGGCUGGGGCAUAAGGGCAUGGUCUUCUCAGCUGAGUAUAUCAAGAAGAAGCUGGAACAGGAGAUGAUUUUAUCACAAGCGUUCGGGAGAGAUCUGGGAAAAGGCACCAAGCACUACGGCCUGGUCAUCGUGGGCCACUCACUGGGGGCGGGCACUGCCACCAUCCUGUCCUUCCUGCUGCGGCAUCAGUAUCCCACACUGCACUGCUACGCCUACUCCCCGCCCGGCGGCCUCCUCAGUGAGGACGCCAUGGAGUACUCCAAAGAGUUUGUCACCUCAGUGGUUCUGGGCAAGGAUUUGGUCCCAAGGAUCGGCCUCUCUCAGCUGGAAGGGUUCCGACGCCACCUGCUGGAGGUUCUACGGAAGAGUGACAAGCCAAAAUGGCGUAUAAUAAUGGGGGGCACCAGGUGCAUCCCAAAAUCUGAGCUCCCCAUGGACGACGAUCCCCAGCCACAAUCUGCGGCGCCCCCUAGUGACCUUAGCAUUGCCCUCUCUGCCUCCACUCCUCUGUACCCGCCUGGCAAAGUAAUCCACGUGGUCCACAACCAUCCCCCGGAGAAAUGCUGUGGUCAGGAAGAGCCCACCUACUUUGCCCUAUGGGGGGACAACAAGACUUUUGAUGAGGUCAUCAUCUCCCCCGCAAUGCUGAAUGAACACCUGCCACACAUGGUGAUGGAGGGCCUCAAUAAGGUCCUGGAGAACUACAACAAGGGGAAGACGGCCCUGCUGUCGGCGGCCAAGAUCAUGGUGAGCCCCACGGAGGUGGACCUGAACCCUGACACAGUGCUACUGGGGCCCCUGGUCUCAGAGCAGCCCACCUCCAUCACCCAGCACCGCAGGAACAGCAGCGUCAGGUCGGUUUGGGAGGCUCUUCUAGGGUCUUGCGCCCGCUCUGAGAUCUCUCUGGAUGGUUUUUCGGAGUGCUCCCCUCCCCCAGUGCCAGUGGUCCUGCAGGGGGCACGGGAGCGGCUGGCCGUUGAGCUGCGGGACCGGCGCGCCCCCCUGGCUGUGAUGGAGAGCCUGUCAGACGCCGAGUCGCUCUACAGCCUGGAUUCUCGGCGCUCCUCUGCAGCGUUACGUGGCUCACCCAACCUUGGGGGGCUGCCCUUUCCCUUGGACACCCCCAUCCCAGAGGAAAAUCCCUCCCUCAGCUCCCGUACCGAGCUGCUGGCCGCUGACUGCCUCAGCCAGGCCAACCCUGUGCCAGACCUGGGAGAACAUGGGCCCUACUCCACCCCCCCAGAUUCUAGUCCCGCUCCUCCAGUCUACUUCCGGAUCUCCCCUGGCACUCCCAGCUACAGCAACUUCUUCCCACCCAGAACCCUGACCCAAACUGUCAUAGACAAGUCCUACCACCAGGGGGCGGCACACCCCUACUGUUCCUCUAAAACCAUUGGUGGGCCCUACUCUUCAUCACCCACCCAUGCAAGCCUGGCCAGUGAGGGGACAGAGGAGUUAGAGAACGAGAGGGCAGAAGCGCCUUCAAAGCCAUCCACUUCCCUGCCGCCAUUGCCCAACGGCGGCCCCAGCCAGACCGUGCUGGAGUUUGCCCAGUUUCUGGACUCCCUCUUCAAGCUGGACGGCAGCGCUUCACCCCCGUUGGAUCUCUCGGACGGGGAGUCAGAGUCCGGCCGGGGCUCGUUCACGCAGGAGGAACGGUCUGGAGACAUGGUUGCAGCGGAGGAGCAUCAGCUGCUUGCUCGUGCCACCCUGGAGCCCAACCUGGUCCCCAAGCCCCCGCGCACGUUCGCCGGCUCCGCCGACCCUUCAUCCGGCAUCUCCCUGUCUCCCUCCAUACCGCUGUCCUCUUCUGGGGAACUCAAUGACCUCUCCCCGGGCGAUGCUGUGCGAACUGCUGCAUCUUCCCCAUACGCCGGAGAAAAGACACUCUCAUCCGUAGUCUGACUCCCAUCUCCUUUCCCACUUUCUCUCCCUGCGUAUCUCCAUCUCCUCUCCCGUUCAUUCUUCCCCGUGUUCCCCCUCCCAUCCCCUGUUCUUCAUACGGUUUGUCUGCACCCCCUGAAUGGACCACCCCCCCUCCCCCCGGCACAGACUCUGUCUCCACAGUUUGGGGAGGCAUCUAUCAGGACUCUCAAUCGGUCAAGUGGACACAACCACUAGGUGCAAAAGUUCCUGUGAGGUGUUUUUUCCGCCAGUGCGGAAGGUGGGUUGGGACGCUGUGCUUGGCCUUCACGCCAUAUGCUGACUGUGAGCCCCGCCCACUGCUCACACCAAUGAGGUUUCAGCUGCUGGCCAAUUCAUUAGCAUAGUCCAAAAGAAAGCCUUAUUGCUUGGCUGCUCGCCCUUUACUUAUACACAUGCACUUUUAGACUCCCCCCUUACAGAGAGGUAACAGUGGACACAGUCAAAAAUAUCACCCAAUAAAUGUACUCCCCCCCCCCCCCCCCCAACCUCAAAAUGGUUACUUCCAGCUGGGAUUGAGAGGGAAGAAUAUGGGACAAAUUUAAAAACGAAAAAGGAUGAACAUACGGAUGGACAGAGAGGGGAGGGAGUGUUUGCAGUCAAUUCCUCAGGUUAAUGAAGAGACAAUGGAAUGAAAAGCAGCUUGAUCGGAGUGGCAACGAUCCCAUUAUCAAAGUGUCAUGAUUUGAAAGGAAGGCAUUUUUCCUCGGCAGCGAUCGCUAAUACGUGGGUGAUAUAAUUGUUUGGUCUUUUCCCGGUUUGCUUGCAUCUUGCGUUGUGAAUUUUGCUUUAUCGUGUUGAAAAGUGAAGGAUGUAAGGUUACCAUGGCGCUGGAACCGUAAGGAAAUGCCCGUACAACCCCUUCCUGUAAACGGAUUCACACGCCGUAGCUUGUCCCACUUGCCAAAUGUAAGUAUAUUAUAGGACGUUGUGUGUAUUUUAGUUGUGCGGAAGGUAAGCAUGCAUGCGUUUAAGGCGGUGCUGUUUCCAAAGAGCAGCAGGGUCCAUCCCGCCCCCCCCCCCGCUCAAGUCUUGGGCGUGUGAUGCAAUUGCAGUAAGUGCUGGUGGUGGGGAUCUGACCGCACUGUGUGUGGACUGGACUCGCACGAGGGUCAACAGGUCAGUUUCAAAAUGCUAAUAAUUCAACACUGCCGCGUGAACCUGAGUGUCACAUGUAGCUGAUAGGGUCCAAAUGUAGGAGUCGGUCCAUUUUCUCGGUGUGCGUCCCGCGUCCGCCACCAGGUAGCGCUCUCCAGCCGGGACAGCUAACAGAACUUUUCUGAAGGCCCUUUCUGUCCUGGAAGGGGGGGGGGGGCAGUUACCAUGAUAACAGCUCCGAAUCAGCCGAUCUUAAGUGUGUGCGAAUUUGUGGAUGGAAACCUUUGGUGUUUCCUUCUCUUUCGUCAUAUUCCAGACUUAGGAUUGAGAGAGGCAGCUUCAUAUCUUCCUAUUUAUUAAUGGUUUAAUUGUUACUGGCAUUUUUAUACCGUUGGGUUUGCCUUUUUUAUGGUGUGAAUGGAGUGUUUUUAGGACCUUGGAUGUGUAGAAAGUAGCCCCCUCCAAAAAAAAAAAAAAACAGAACCAGAAAAGAAGGGAAUGGUUCUCUGUCUAAGUGAAAAAGUGCAGGGCUGGGCUGUCGGUGCCCUUUGACACUGCCCUGUCCAUCACGUCCUUUGGUAGAAUCCACCCCUCAAAUGAGUUUCUGAUGCCAGUCUUCGGUGUGGAGGAGCGUGGCGAGUGUGCAACGGUUACCACAGCGAUCACACCUGUGUUUAACACAGCUGUUGUGACUCUACAGCACUGUCUGCUUUGUGGAUUUAUUUAUAUAAUAUAUCUGUAAGAAUGGUCUUGUUUCCAAACUAUUGUAUAUAACACUAAUGCCCGUAGGAGACCGUGUCCAAAAAGUACUGUCUUAUGAUCAUUGCCAUAUUAUAAAUAUAUAUCAUAUUUGACACACAUCUAUAUAUAUAUACAUUAUAUAUAUUAAGAGAAUGUGUAUGAGAAACAAAUCUAUAUAGUAAAAAGAUAUAUGAGAGGUUUAUGCAGAGAUAUUAUGUAGAGAAUUAUGUUUCUUCCAUGUUUUUAUUUUCCGAUUUACAUGCACCCCCAACCCUAUUCCUGUCUGAGAAUGAGAAUCAAGAAUGUACUUUACCAAACCCCGACCCCCACCAAGCACACUGGUCUGCCUGUAAUAAAUAAAAAAAAAAACUCAAUCUCAAAAGAAAAGGUUAAGAAAAUCA